GUCAGUGCUGAAUCGGUGUGUUUAGGGUCUCUUUAGUGGCUGAGACUUCAAAGCCUUGCCGCAACACUAGCCGUUAGACCUUGUGUGUAAGUGACCUAACUGAGGAUUUUACUUGAGGACUCGUGCAUGUUUAACCAGUAGAUCUAUAAGACAAAAUGAUUGCUGACUGCUUUGGUGUAAAAAUGCUGGGGAAGCUGUCAUCCACCCUGCAUCGCUACAUGUCAGCAACUUCCUACAGAUCUGAUGUGCUGUUUAAAAUUCACCCCACGGUGUGCGAGGCUCUAGCUGAGCACCGGCCAGUCGUAGCUCUGGAGAGCACCAUCAUCACACAUGGAAUGCCGUACCCUCAAAACCUAAGUACGGCCAAAGAGGUUGAGGACAUUGUCAGAGCGGAGGGUGUGACUCCAGCCACGGUGGCUGUUCUGGAGGGAAAGGUGCAUGUCGGCUUGUCUUCGGAUGAGCUGGAUUUUUUGGCCCGCAGUAAAACGACCUUCAAGGUGUCCAGGAGGGACUUGCCUUAUGUUCUCAGCAAGGGUUUGUUUGGAGGAACUACUGUCUCGGGUACAAUGAUCGCAGCUCACAAAGCGGGAAUUCCAGUUUUUGUGACUGGAGGUAUCGGUGGAGUGCACAGAGAUGGAGAAAACAGCCUGGAUAUCAGCGCAGAUCUGACCGAACUGGGCCGCACUCCCAUUGCUGUGGUAUCUGCUGGAGUAAAGUCCAUCCUGGACAUUGGACGGACCCUGGAGUUCCUGGAAACUCAAGGAGUCUGUGUAGCCACUUACGGAGAGUCAAAGAUUUUUCCAGCUUUCUUUUCACAGAAAAGUGAAUGCACAUCACCUUACAAUGUCCUCAAUGCCGAAGAAGCAGCUGAGCUUAUUGCGAGUACACUCUCUCUGGGUCUUCAGAGUGGAGUGCUGCUUGCUGUGCCUAUUCCAGAUGAACAUGCUGCUGCUGGACAACAGAUAGAAGAGGCCAUACAAGCUGCUGUCACCGAAGCCAGGCUAAAGGGAAUUAGAGGAAAAGAUGUGACUCCCUUUAUCCUACAUAGAGUCAAUGAGCUCACUGCAGGGCAGUCUCUCAAAGCCAACAUAGCUCUUAUUCAUAAUAAUGCCAGGGUGGGCAGUCAGAUAGCACGUACCCUUGCUGAGCGCGUGCAUCAUCCACGAGGAGGCUGUAGAAACCACGUAAAUAGGAACCAGGCAUCAAAACCCCAAACUAUUGUUGUUGGAGGUAUAAAUGUUGACUUCAUUGCUAAAGGGAAAAGCAAGAAAUUAUUGCUUGGACAGACAAACCCAGGAAGUGUCUGUCAGUCCUUUGGUGGAGUGGGUAGGAAUAUUGCCGACUGUUUGAGUAGACUGGGUCAAACAGUUUUGUUCAUCUCAGCCGUUGGAGCAGAUUCUCAUAGUGAUGCUGUACUCAACCACUGUAGGCAUAUGGACACUCGGGCUGUUGUGAGGAUGCAGGGUCAGCGAACGGCCACGUACUGUGCUGUCAUCUCGGAGAGUGGAGAGCUGAGUCUAGGACUUGGGGACAUGGACAUCCACCAGGAAAUCAACAAGCAGUAUGUUUCGCAGUAUGAGGACCAGCUGACGUCAGCGUCUCUCGUGGUUCUUGAUGGCAACAUUCCUGUUUCUAGUAUUGACUACAUAUGCAGCCUUGCCAAGAAACAUUCAGUUCCAGUAUGGUAUGAGCCCACGGAUGCUGAUAAGGCCUGUAAGCCCUUUGUUUCCGAGAGCUGGAAGGCACUCUCUUACACGUCUCCCAAUCUGGCAGAGCUGUGCACCAUGAACCAGACUCUCUGUCUACCUACUCCACAAGUUUUACCAAGCUCUCUGGAAGACGUGUUGGAGUGUGCAGCUACUCUGUCUCGCCCUCUGCUGGAGCACCUGCAUUGUGUGAUCGUGACCCUGGGUGCACUGGGAGUGUUGGUCUGUGGAGAGCAUGAGGCUGGAACAGUCAGCCUGCGUCCCCGAAAGCACAAACGGAAAGGAAGACUGUGUGCUGUGUACUACCCAGCGUUGUCAAUACGUUCUGAGGAAACAGUUAACGUCUCUGGAGCAGGAGACAGUCUUGCAGGUGCGAUGAUGGCAGGGAUCCUGCAGGGGAAAGACACAGACACCUGUGUGCGAAUGGGCCUCCUCGCUGCACGUCUUUCUUUAUUCUCCCCUCACCCCAUUACCCCAUCUCUGACCCUAGAUGCCAUCCUCCCAGACAGGGUGCACCCGCAACCCUGGCCCAAACCAACCUGCAUGUGGAUGGAGUCAUAAUAAACUUUGCUUUUUCAUAAAAUCAUAAUUGUUUAAAUAUACCUACAUUUAUGAAUAUACCUACAUUUGCUGGCAUCCCAUGAUACUGAAUGACUUCAGUCUUUAUUUAUGAUGUUCUCUUAAA